AUGCGUUGGUGUCGCCAUGUCGCGAACGUGCUGCUCGGCUGCAUUGCGGCCACGGCAUCUGCUGUUCCGAGCCAAAAGUUACCCACACGGCAGUCUACGGACAUCCUCGCAAGCUACGACUAUGUCAUUGUUGGGUCGGGGCCGGGCGGGGGUCCGCUUGCGGCCCGGCUCGCCAUCGCCGGCAAGAAGGUCCUGCUGAUCGAGGCGGGCGACGAUCAGGGCGACUCCGUGCCCUACCAAGUGCCUGCUCUCAACUUGCAAUCGACCGAGUACGACCCCAUGAAGUGGGAUUACUUUGUCCAGCACCUGAGCGAUCCCGAGGAACAAAAGAAAGACUCCAAGAUGACGUAUCGCCUGCCGUCCGGUGAGCUGUAUGUCGGUCUUAACCCGCCGACUGGUGCUGAGGCGCUCGGAAUACUGUAUCCUCGGGCUGGAACGCUCGGCGGCUGUGGAAGCCACAACGCGCUUAUCACGGUCUACCCCCACAAAUCGGACUGGGACGGCAUUGCAAGCCUGACCGGCGACAGCUCCUGGAGCGCUUCCAACAUGCGCAAGUACUUCCAGCGCCUCGAGAACGCCGAGUACCUCCCCAAUGGUGUAAUCGGGCACGGUUUCAGCGGGUGGCUUACGACGAGCGUGACGGACCUGGGACUCGUGAUCCAGGAUGUUAAGCUUCUCACUGUCAUCUUGUCGGCUGCCUCAGCCAUGGGCAAGAGCCUUAUCGGCCUGAUCUUUUCCACGAUCCAAGGCCUCGGCGAAGUCCUCCUUCGCGAUCUCAAUGUCGACUUGCCCGGCCGAGACGCCGCCGAGGGGCUCUACCAGGUCCCCAUUGCCGUCGAUAACGGGAUCCGCGUGGGCCCCCGAGACUUUGUCCUCGAAACCGCCAACGCCAAGAACGCGGAUGGCUCCAGGAAGUAUCACCUCGACCUCAAGCUCAAUACGCUUGUGACCAAGGUCCGGUUUGACCAGAGCGGCCCGGAACCCCGUGCCGUGGGCGUGGACUUUAUCGCGGGGCAGAGCCUUUACCGCGCAGACCCCCGAUCCGGCAACGCGGCAGAGGGAACCCCUGGAUCCGUCAACGCUACCGCCGAAGUCAUUGUCUCGGCAGGCUCGUUUAAUACCCCCCAGCUUCUCAAGCUUAGCGGCGUAGGUCCCAAAGACGAGCUUGCCUCUUUUGAUAUUCCUGUCGUCGUCGAUCUGCCUGGCGUCGGCACCAACCUCCAAGACCAUUUUCAGAUCACCCAAGACUGCACCUUCAUUCGUCCCGGAACGGACGAUCCCUGCCUGACAAAGUGGCGGGAUGGUACUGCAAGUGGGAAGCGCGGCAUCUAUGGCUCCAACGGUAUCAGUCUCGGCAUCGUCAAGAAGUCAUCGGUUGCCGAGGGUGAUCCGGACCUGUUUAUCGCCGGAGCCCCCGUCAAUUUCCCUGGCUAUCAACCCGGAUAUGCCGCCGCUGGCACAGCCGAUGCUCGUCAUUGGAGUUGGAUCACCUUGAAAGCUCACACCCGCAACCGCGCCGGAACGAUCAAGUUGCGCUCGGCCGACCCUCGGGACGUGCCGCAGAUCGACUUCAACUCGUUCCAGGACGAAGCUACGGGGGCCAAGGACAUCCAGGCCGUGGCGGAAGGGAUGAAGCUCUCCCGCAAGAUGUUCGAGAGCGUCGUCCCGUUGACCGGAGGCUUCACCGAAGCGGCCGACGUCAUUCUCGGGGUGUAG